AUGGAUUGCGAAUUACGGAAAUCGUCUUCGAGGUCUGUUGCGACUAGCAACCUGGCCUUCCAUCUACUUCCGGACGAGAUUAUUGAGCAAAUAAUCCUCUCCACGAGCCCGAAUGCAUUUGCUUCCGUAUUAAACCUGAAUAGAAAGUGGCGGGCUGUAGCGCAGCAGGCGCAUCUCUAUGUUCAUCACCUCUCGCGAUGUGCCUCCUAUUCGGCCGCCCAUCCGUCUGCGUCGUUGUCGCAGAAUGACGACGACCUUCCGCGCCUUCGCGGCUUGUUUGCGCAAGAGAUAAAACGGAAUCUGUUCGAAGCGUAUUUACGACCCAAGGAAACAAUCAUCAGUCUAGUCUCAACCUCUAUAAGUUCCUCCUCGGCCCCGGGUGGAGAGGCUUUCCAUUUCAGCAUUUCUCCAAAGGGACACUUUGUCUUAGCAUACAGUUCAUCACGAAUUCACGUUAUAGAUGUCGGGGGCCCCGAUGUCGAGGUUAAGCGGGAGCUGAAAAUACUGCGAAGGCCAGCAUCUGCCACGAUCACAGAUGAUGGGUCGCUGUUGGCUGUUCUUGCGACGGACCUUCAGGUUGACAUGUACGAUUUGACGGGAGAGCACCCCAAGCAUACGCAUGCUGUCGCCCUAGAUCAUUCGCCACGAACUAUCGCCUUAUCACCCACAGGCGCUGUUUUGGCUGCGGCGUACGAUUCUGGGGUAGAGGUUUCAUCAUUAGAUUCGACCAAUUCGAAUACAGAGAGACGGGCGGUAAAGUGUUAUGCCGUAGAUACGUUGUGUUUUUCACCUGAUGGGACACAGCUAUUAGGGACCACUAUGCAGUCGAGAAAUCCGAGUACCGUCAUUCUCACGGCACCAUACUAUAAUACAGGGGGCGCUAUGCCCGAGGAAACUGUCAGUAUUAGUGCUUUGUGGACCACAUCCAUACUCUUUCCUAAUGGCAGUCGAGACUGUAGUCACGCAGUCUUACUCCCAAGCCCUUCAGAUGAAGAACCCACUUGGGCGUUUACGUACGAUCGAGUGUUCGAAACGUUCCGCGCUGUGCGUAUCGACGAUCUUCGAAACGGCACAACUUACUUUACGGGGCCGUUACCAGAUGCCACAUCUGUUGCUAAACUUCUACCGAGCACGUUGCCUACUUCUACCCAGCGAGGAGACCUUGUAGCUUCGGGCUUCCAAGGCUCUAUAUGGCUCUACGGAGUUCCUGAAGACCUCGAUGCUGUGCCAGUCGUUUCUCACGCAGUGAGCGGCAAUACUGAUAGUGGAAUAAGCACGCCGUCGACCCAAUUAGGACGGCGAAAUAGCGCUCCAUCUCUUCGGUCUGUUCAUAGGCAACGAGAAACUUUCAGUCGGACACCGCAAUGGCAACUUCUCUGCGAUCGCUUUCGAAAUACAUUUGUUGAGGGGCGCAAAGUUGGCACCUUAGAGCAAGUCAGCACCAUGAGCUGGGUUAGGGACAAUGAUAAUGCGGUAUACGGUGAAAGACUUGUUGCAGUUGCUCCUGGUAUUGGUCUUAAGUCACCUAGCAGCGAGUGCUGGGAAGAAGACGGCAUGAGUCCUGUGGACGGCGGGCGUAUAUCUAUUCUAGAUUUCAAUUACGCUGUGAGAGACGGAAAGAAAAGCUUCAUUACCAUUGAAGUUGGCAACAAAGAACCCGAAAUCCUGGAGGAGGAGCAUAGGGAUUUGGAUACAGAGGUAGCCAUAGUGAGGAGGCGGACCGUUGCACAGCGUCGAGGAAACCGAAGUCAUGUCUCCCGUUCUGUUGUAGUCGCUCCCCAUAUACCUCAUUCGGAAAUACCUCCGUUACCAGCGACCGAAGACGAUUUAGGUGAUCCUUAUGGAGCGCCGCCUCCUAUUCCCAGAAGAUUAAGUGACCAGGAAACUACUUCUCAGCACAUGGAGGACCCUUCUAUGGAGGAAGUACAAGAGGCACUUGAUGCGCCAUACUCUCACACGAGCCCGCGCUCUGGUACAACCCUUCGACGAGCCGCUACAGCUGCUGCUGUUAAUCGACGACUCCACCCCCGUGCGGUCGCACAGGAUCAUAUAGAAUAUCGUCGUGCAGAUGGCCGUGAAGAGCACCCGCAUGAGAGCGAUGCAGAUAAUUGGGUUCCUCCUCCACCCCCCUAUUCAAAGGAUCCCUUGCCUCCACUGCCUGAACAUAUUCAACGGUCCUUAUUAGCGGAAGCAGCUCAAUCAAGACACUCGAUGACUCCUCUAUUCGACGAGUCUCCUGGCUUAGACCUUAGCCCAUUAGCACGUUCACGCACUCUUGCUCCUACAAAUACUGGUAGAACCCGGCGCGAGUCGUUUCCAUUUCAGAGAAGUGUCAGUGAUCAUACAACCAUGAACUCAGACCGCGUUUCGAUAGAUGAAGACCGCGCGCGGCCUUCUUCAAGUCCUGGGUCACCAGAAUUUGAUGAUCUUUAUGAUGUGUCCCCUCAAGGAACACCUCCACUUGCUCCACGUACACUUGCCACAUAUCAGAUACCAAGGCGCGCUGUAGGCAAUCCAACGACCAACGACCAAAUUCCUAGCCCACAUAUGAGAGCUACCUUACUCGAGCCAGUCUCCCCGCUGCCUUUGCCGAGCCCUUUGAGCGACCUUAACGAAAGUCAGUCUCAUGAGGUAGUCACGGCUGAUCGCGAUGCGGAAUUGUUGAAAGCGGAAGCACCGACCCUGAAUCUUGACAAGGAGGUUCCACCACGACCGACCGAAGAACAUCAUUUGACCCGAAUGCCAUCGACGAUACCAGUAGCUGGAGUGCAACAACAAGCCAUUGAGUCAGGACGCUCUGUAGCGCCAGAACCUGUCCCAUUUCCCGCUGAAGACCCUGUGACACCAGAAGUGUUUCCUCUUAUGUCGAAACGUGUAAGGACUGCACCUACCAUGCGUUCACCGAGCGCGGUCGAUGAAGGUCUGGUUGUAGAUUUCAAAAGAAGCGAAACAGUGCCAGCGCCAUCAGUCAGGUCCGCGAAUGCGUCGAACGCAUCUGGGAUGGUGCAUCCUAGCGCUGAUCAACUUGCUCGAUUGAAUAGUCGUCAAGGUCGUCCACAAGGGAUUGCUGAUCCAUCCCGGCGUAUGUCUUCCGGAGCGAACAGCCAGCAUCGACGAUCUGGAAGUGGCAAUCGACCUGCUUCGUCAAUAGGAUAUUCACAGCCUCACAAUCCACAUCAGAAGCAUCAUGCACCUCCAGUAAUUACAAAUGAUCUACCGGAAAGAUCGACUCCACCACGUGCUGCGAUGGGCGCAUAUGGUUCACCAAGCAGAAACGGCGUGCAUGGGAGGCCGAAUCACCUUGGCCAACUAAGUCCCGAAAGUUCGAACUCGCCGCAGCGCUCAUUUGGGAAUGGAAGCUCAACUCGUGGCAGCCCGUCAGGUCUGCGCCCCCCAAUGCCACGAUUGGAGACCAUUCAUAGUAUAACUUCAAACGGCGAUUCAUCGGUGUUUGUUCCUCCAAAGUCAACUGGAAUUUCGAGGAAUCCUAGCAGAGCGGAGCGGAGCGCUGCGAAGAACAUUCAGGACGCCAAGAAGAAAGGCUGGAGGCAGAGUAUAUAUGGACCGAAAAGGGGAAAGAAGCUAAAGAAAGACAAGUAUGGCGAUACUGCGAGUUCGGCUGGUUGGACCGAUGUGUCUUACGGCUCCCCUAAGGAAGAGCAGAAGAAGAGCGGGAAGUGUAUGGUUAUGUGA